UCCGCUGUCAUAGAGCUUAACUACUUUAUGUGUUGGCUACUGCGACUAGAUAUCUGAUAUCAGCAUCGGAAGCCCAGCAUUUGUUUUCUUAGAUUUUCUAAUUUUUACUCACAGGUGCUACCGUAGUGAAAACUCGGAACAUAGUAAUUUGAAGGACACGCGCUCUGACUAAUUUCUGAUAGACAUAUCAAACGCGUUUGCCAAUAAGACGGCUCACAAAACCAGAUUUACUACAAAAGAAGGGCAUAACCCCAAAGAAGAACAGUAGCAGGUAGUUACAAUUAGCAGGAGGUAGUAACACACCGUUACGUCAUUAGUAAAUCGACAAGCGAGAAAACGGCAAACAGACCGUCCACGAGACAAAUUGAAGUGUUGAAAAAAAAAAGGUUUUGAAUGACUAGCAGCUAGCCUUCGGCCAGCACGAUGAUUGCCAAGGAACUGUGCCUAGCGGUUAUUGCGGUGUGCAUCGUCAAGAUCGCCACCUCCGGUGAAGACGUCGUACCGACUACUCCUAAAGCCGUACCUCCAGUUGCUCCUGAGGCUGCCGCUGACGAACCCCCGGUUGUUCCACCUGCUAUCCACAAUGUGACAGGAAACAUGCGGUCUAUGGACGAGGUCCAGGUGCGGGCUCUGCACGCCCUGCUCAAGAGGAAGCUGGAGAAGGCCAGGGAGCUGAUACGGAAGGACUUGGACCCUUUCCGGGCCGGAGCCUUAGGAAUCCUGAUCCAGGAGCCGGGAGCCUACGUCAACGUGUCCCUCACCAAGGUGGUCGUCAAGGGCCUGUCCGACUUCACAGUGCGGGAUGUGGCGAGCAACAACGCAGCCAUGCGGGCCAGUGUACUCCUCAGGCUACCCCGGGUCGAAGUCAUCUGUUCUUACAGAAUCAAGGGCUACCUGAACAGCGACGACCAGAAAGAAUCGCGGGUUCUCGAAGACAGCGGUCAGUUCGAGGCUGUCCUGGAACGCGCCGCCAUGUCCUGGUACGCUCGGGUCUUGCACGUCGACAAGGACGACCUCCUGGUCGCGCAGACGGGACUGAGGACCCACGUGGACGACGUGGCCAAGAGGAGCUUCCGCUCGUCCCGGAAGAACGCGUCACGGGCGUUGGACCACGAAGUUCUGGACGUCAUCGGCGCCAGCAUCGUGGACCACGUCCGACAUAUGGUGGAAGAGAAACUCGACCGCGUCAUCACUAAGGCGGUGUCCAGCGCCCACGGCGAGAUGCACGACCUGCUGGAGGCCAUGGUGGCUCCGAGCCCACACUCGGAGGUCCCGCGCACCUACUCCCCGCACAGCCACCGGCUGAGCAAGCGCCAGGUGCCGUGCAACAACGGCACCGAGCUGGACGACUACGUGGACUAUUUGUUCCGCUUUGCCACCAGGCUCAUCCGUGCCAUGGAACCCAUCCAGGGACCCAACUUCACCAUCUACAUUGAAGAACACCUACAGGUUUUCCUGUACGACGUACAGGCGCGGAACGUCUACACGCUUUCUCGGCGCAAGCCCGCCUACGUCAUUUGCCAUCACGGCGACGUCACCGUGGGUCUGGUCAUCAACAUCGACAACAUCCUGGCCACAGCCAAGUACCGCGUCAUCACCGACCACACCCACCUGCUCUUCAACGGCGACGCAGACAUCAAACUCUCCGGCACCGUGGUCUGGAUUCAGAUCAGUCAGUUGGCCAACGGCAACAACAGGCUCGACGUGGUGCGCAUCUGGAGGAUGGGCAAGGCCCAGGUCUUACUCAAAGGCCUGGGCAAUUACACCGCUGCCUUGUCCAUGUUAUUAACCACUAUACUAAAUCAUGACCCGUGGAACGUCAUUCCUGUGGCCGAGGCGCAGGCCAUCACGUUUGGCAGGGAGAUGCUGGCCAACAUCACCGUUCCAAUCUUUUCUUUGGUUUGAGGUCUGUCGUCCUCAAGGUCACCAGAUAAGACUCAUCGAGGCAGCUCGUUCCGCGGAUUUUCUCGAGUCUCAAAGAGACAGCGUUCAUGACUUUCCUCAUCAAGACUCAUCUAUAAGACAGCCCUCAAAGCCAGUGGUGUUACUAGGGUCAGCGGCACCCGGGGCGGUGGCCUGCCGAGACACCCCCCUCCCCCUCUCUCGCGUGCCCCGUUGCGACUCCCCCUCCCCCCCCCCCCCCCCCCCGCCCACCACCUGCUCUCGCGUGGCCCGCAGUGAGCCCCCCCCCCCCCCCACCUCCUCUCGUCGCCCGCCGCGACACACCCCUGAGUGCUGCACCCGUGGCGGCCCGCCCCCCCUUCCCCCCUCCCCGCACCCUACUUGUGACGCCACUGCUCGAAGCACAUGGAGCCUUAAGACCUUCAAAGCUGUUGUCAGUGCUGUUGACAGGCUUUGGUCAAGGGCACCAUAAAGGCUCACCAGGGUAAUCCCAAGAUGGCUUUCGGAGCUUCGUGUUAUGUGAAUGGACUGGCAGCUCACGCGUAGUGUACCCUCAAGACUUUACCCAAGACGUUCGUUCUCAGGGUUUGUGUAAGGCCCAUGACGAUAUAUAGCACCAAUAACAAUUACAAUUAACUGCUUUACUCUGAUGGUUGUCCUGGGGACGGUCACUGACAACCAUUGAGACAGUAUUUUUUUAAGGUUGGCGCGGGCGGCUGCGGUGAUGUUUAGGCAGUCCCCAGGUUAUUUAAAUCUUUCAUAAGUCGGAGGACGCCGGAAAAUAACCUUUUCACAAUUGAUUUGUAGCAAAAUGUGGAGACACUUACCAAACCGGUCAUCAGCGUGUGCGGAUAUCAGGAUACAGGCAAAGGAAGGUCUAUUCGAGAUUAUACGUGAUCGUGGAUGCUGUUUAAAUUUUCUUAAGGACAUUCACAUUUUUAUGUUAAUGUCCUUAAGAAGAAAAAAAACUGUUUGGCAAGAUGUGAACUUGGUGGGCGUUUUUAUUUUCUCUUGGAGUACAUGUUCACACAUCAGGCAUUGAUCAAAACUCGGGAGGACACGCGCGAGGCGGCUAUUUUUUCCUCCCCGAAAGUGUGACCUUGUGACUUAUGAGCCAUGCUGUGACAGCUGCCACGCCGUGGAGUGAUGCUCUCAAAGACAUGAAAGGACAUUAUCCAGCUGGAAGAGUGCCCCUGUGACAUUUCCCUCUUGUUUUUCUAAUUUCAAUUUUGAGUCCACAAUUAAGCAGUGUUUUUCCCCCUAAUCAGGAUAAUUGCUAUUAAUGCAGUGAUUAACUGACUCGCGGUGUGGCGUACGUCGACGAUUCGUUUUGUACGAGGCUUGCAUUGACGUCACACAAGCAGCCAUUGUGAUGGGCCUUACUGCGGAGCGCGUUCCUUCUGCAACAGACAUUUUGGAACACCCAAUAUUUUUUUUCUUGCCAAGAACCAAAUGAGAAUGGCCAUGUAUCAUCGCAGUAUAAUGACGUCACUUGCAAGCCACACGUGCGGUUCGUCGAGAAAGCCAGUUUAUCUUUUUACCUUGUGUCUGUAUAUUGCUAACCGGACGUUGAACGUAUAUGUCGGACAUUAGUUGAUCUCUACAUAUGCUCCUUAUAGCUGAAUUUAGAGUAUUUAGAACGCCGUUAUUUCAGCGUUGCGAGGCUAUGAAGACAUGAUUCAUGGCAUUAGCGUUCCGCGACUGCCGAAUCAUGACGAAUGCUAAAAUGCCUUCAGAGUCAUUGUUUGUUAGUCUGGUGACAGAGAGCCAGAACAUAACCUACGCUUCGAUGUAACGACAGCCAUCUUGUUGCUUAAAGUCAUUGUUGACACUUAUCUGAAGCCUUAUCUGAAAUCGCAUGAAACACUUUUCCGUCCUCCAGAAAGUUUAAAACAAUCCGGGACAUAAAAAAAAAGAACGGUAUCGCCUAAGCUCUUUGACAUGGUAUGUAGAGCUCAGGAACACCAAAAUGGCGGAGCACCCACCAGGUAAUCGGAGAAUGUGGAGUGGCGAUAACUUAUUUAAUGUUUCUAAAAUAGUAGCGCCCGCCACGUUCAAACGUGAAAGAGCACAGCCGUCCAUCCAACAACAACCACCCCGAGGGAAAAAGCGCGAUACGGCAAUGGCUUACGGGACUUUCAAAAAUAACUCUCCAGGCGUGCGACACAACCCGAUCUCUUCCUCGAUGCCCAGAUUCAGAUAAGCGUAUACGCAUCUCUGCUCCGUUACGCGUCGUCUGCUUCCAAAGACCGAAGCAGACGACACCGGGUCGCGGGUCUCUUCCUCGUGCGAACUUUUCGAAUCAUUACUCCAGAGACCGAUUAAUCGAGCCAGCAACAAUCGUUCGUUGUUAAGUGAAGGGUAUAUUUGCUAAUCUCUAUUUGGUAAGUGGUCUACUAUGUGGAGAUGAGCGGAUGAGAAGAGGUGUUUUGUCCAUGGUGUGCGUGAUGAACACGCACGCGCUCGACCAAUAUCCCCUAGAAGACGAGGCUUCGCCUUGGCCCUUACACAUCAUCGCUAGUGGACAACGCAGCGUCGCCACCAGCGUGUCUUGCAGCGUCUCACAUGGAAAGCAACGCUAUGGUACCUGGAGCGCGUCUCCGACUGGUGUGUUUAGCGUCCCCUGCAGCCCGUGCAUCGAAAGUGGUCCCAAAGUGGCAACAAAUGACGUCAUAGAAGCCGGAGUGGCAAUGCUGCCGGAUGUCUCGCGAUCCUGUCGGUUGGUCGUAGAAUGCAGUCGAAGAAAAGCACGAGCGAACGAGAGUGUCGCUGUCGUCACGGCGUCCCAACUCCCGGCUGCCGAAGCCUCCGUGGACUGUCACACUGGAGAGCGACCCGCAGCUAAGGUGAACCGCAGCGAAACUUGGCGUCUCUGCAGCGUCCACCACCGCUGCUGGGACACGCCGCCAGGAUCGCGACCGGCGACGGCACGACACUCCUGUGACGUCACGAGGCGGAAAUCGGGGGUCCACUACUAAUGACGUCACGAGCCGGCCUCGUCUUCUCAGCGGUUUUGGUUCGACGCACUGCAGCGCGUUUCAGCUUUCCGCUCCAGAUGCACGUAAUGACGCUUGUAUACUCAGCGUCGGCAAAACGAAUUGCGUGGCGUGAUCUUUUUUUGUCCGUGUGUGCUAAAGAGUGGAGUGCGCGAAAGAGCAAUAAAAGAAGCCGAACAAGCGUAAACUCGUUCUUUUUGUUAUAUAAUCGGAUACAAAAUAAGAAUGCACCAAGUAAAUCCCAC